CCCACUGAUGGCUGGAUCGCUGACGUGGAGACCAGCUCAUCGCAUCCAGCGGUCCACAGAGGAGGGCAUAAGCUCUGCGCGGCACUCAGCAGAUAUGAAUUAAGAAAACAUGAAUCCUUUGCCCUGUCAGAUAGGAAGAUGCUUCGGACACGCAGUGUGGAUCCGCCAUUUACGUGACCUGUCAGGCGCUACAAGCAUCUCUCCCCCGGUCCACAUCUGGAGCAGCGAGUCAGCUCAAAAGAAUCGCCGUCUCACCUAAAUUAUCUUCUGUCUCCUGCCGGACUAGACACCCCACAGCUUUGUCUGACGUUUCCUGUGCCACUGAUUGAAUUCCUCUCAUGACUUGUGCGGCUCGGGGCUGAAAAGGGGGAAAAGAAAGAGCAACGACAGCAGGAUGCACAAUAUCCGUUUGUUGUUGAUGCAGCCUUUUAGCGUGUCAGUAAUUACAUGCGACUAUGAAAGGGGGGAUCACCGUGAAAAUCUAAUGGAGUAACAAUGGAAGCACCUUUGCUGGGUCGACAUAAUGGAUAGAAGAUAGACAAAAGAAGUCCCGGACGUAACAACAUGGUCAUCACUGACAGGAGCAACAGCACCUCUGUGCCUAAAAAGGAGCCCAAGAAGAAGAAGUCUCGUCCUCAUGGCCUUCCCUCUCCGGCGCUCUGCUGUGCCUGUGGACUCUGCAUCAUGUUGGCAGGACUCAACAUCACCCUGGUGGGAGCAUUCGCCUUCAGCACACUGGUGCCUUCUGCCAACCCUCCGAUCAUAAUUGGACCCGUCCUGCUGUUGGUGGCCUUCUCCUUCUUUGGCGCCUGCUGCGUGUGCAGCCGUCUCCCUCCCCCGAGCAGCUCUCGAGGCUCUCAGGUGGGCAGCAGGGGGGCGGGAUUGAUGGGACACGGCGGGCUGGCCGGUGGUGCGGCGUUUGAAAUAGAGACCAGCGAGCACACGCUGCAGGACACCACAGCUGUGCAGCUGAGCCCCACAUCCUCUGUUGGAUCAUCCAGAGCCUCCAGCCCGGAACGAGAGGCCCCUGGUGUGACCCUACAGGGACCUUGCAAGCUCUUCACCAUGGAGACCAAUGGCCCCUCCUGCACUUCUGCCACGGCAACGUACUCAGCUUCUGCAGCAGCGGGCGGGGAGGUGAGGCUCAACUUGCCACGAGAAGAAGUGGUCACCUAGCAAAGCAGAAACACCUUUAUAAAAUCCAGAGCUCUAGUUGUGUACAUACGCUUCUGAGUUUGGUUGCUGGGACUGUGUCCUCUUGUUUACGUAAUGCGAUAUAAAUUUGUGAAGAGUGUGGUUUUGAUUUCUCUUUCUGUGCAACAUGUCGUUAGCAUGCAAUGUUGAACACACAUCAGCGUACUUGUGAAUUGAAGCUUUUGGAAUUCCAAAUUCCUACCUCUUUUGUGCUGUUCCCUUAUAAAUUUGCUUAAAUCCAGGGCAUUAUGGACAAUUUCAAUGCAGAAAUGAAGAGGAACACAUUUUUUUCUCUGCACCUGUGGUGACUGCUGACCUCGACCAUCGGCGGAGAUUUCAGAAGGUUUGAGAGACACCUUGGAUUACAUUUUUAACCUGAAAUUACAUGUGAAAGGUCAGAAGCUGUUCUUGACAUGGGCAAAAUCUGGCAUUUGCUGAAUUGCUGAACUUAUUUUAGGGACAUACGAUUUUAUAGGUCAAAGGGGACUCAAAGCAACAUUUUCCGAACAGAGACUAAUUUCUAACCACAAGACCUUUAGCAAGUAUAUUUGCAGUAUAUUAACUCAGUGUUAAACGGUGCAUAUUGUCAAAUCUUUGGAAGCAUAAUUCUUGUAGCUUUUGUCAUCACUAUAGUUAACACUGGGAAUACUGUGUUUCUCUUCAUUAUCCAAACCUUGUGAUAACGUUUAUCUGUUUAAACUUAUCGUGGGGCUCGAUUUAGACUUGUGUGAACACAUGAAGUUCACUUCACCGUAUUUACGACAUUGCAAAACCAGGUUUAUUAGAGUAUAAAAGGUGAGAUUACAUCUGCUCCCAAUCACUGUGAUAUCUUCUUAUCAGCCAUAAGUCUGUGUGAUCACAGGAGACGUUAAACAACUGAUCUCCUUUGAAAGGAAAGUUGCCUUAGAUGAAAAUUUCAGGAUCAAUUCAAUGAGGGCUAAUUAAAAUGUGCAAACUGCAGUUUCCCGAGAAAGCCUCUAUGUUGCUCUGGACUCAGAAGAUUUUUUUGUGGUGCAUGCCAAUGGCCUAAAUGUUUCCUUUAAGAUGUGUAUUUGAAGUAGCGACAGUGUACACACCAUGAAAGCCAACUAGAUCAUAAACGACUGUAACAUUGUCUCUCAAAAUGACUUUUUUUCCCCUGAUAAAGAUCAGUGUCAUACCAAGUUAGAGCACUGAGCCUGUGUUUUUUUGCGCAUGCUCUGGAAAAACAAAAGACUUGAAGAUGCAAAUAUUCUCGUGAAUUGUCGGUGAUUUGUCUGUGGUUUUAUUUUGUGUAGCAUAAGAACCUGCUGAAAAAAAACUGUAAAGGACGAAACUAUUUUUGUGAGGUUUAUAAUUUAAAAUAACUAUUCCAAAUGUGAAUUGCAUAAAAGAAAUAAACAAAAGAGCUCUUUCAGUAAAAUUCAAGGUAUACAUGUGUGAUGUUUCACUGAAAACUCAUUGAGACUGCUCUACUUUUCAUGUGAAAUGAGGUCUAACUGCACUUUUUCUUUUACAGUGGAGAAAACAAUUACAAUACAUCUCAAGAAAUAUAUUACAAAAUUGACCUGGUUGACAUAAAAUUCAUACUAGUUGUUAGUAAUAGCAACUAGUAUGUUGUUGCUUUUUAUGUGUGUAUGAAUCCACAAAUAAAAAGAGAUCUAAUCACAUUUUUUUUCCAUAAAUUAUGUUCAAAACGUGGAAUGGUCUGAAUCUGCUUACCAAAUUUAUUCAAAUCUUAGAUUAUUUGCUUCAUUUUCUUUCACUAAACCCAGCGAAGGCUUUUCUUGACUGUCUGUUUGCGAUUAUUGUCUCUUAGUUAAAUAUUCACCCUACUUUCAUGUUUUCAUGUAUUCCACUACAUUUCUUCAUUCAUCAUUAGUUGAAUUGUAUCACAAAAUGAGUUACUUGGAAAUCUCAUUUGACAUGGCGGUAUUUGUUCUGUGUUUUAACAGCAUCUCCAAAGGUUUUGCAACAAGCUUUACAUGAGCUGUAAAAUGAAAGUUGAUCUCGAUAACUUGUCAACUUUUCCUAAUCAAUUCUAUGGCAAAUUAAUUCCUUAUCUUAAUGAUUUAGCGCUGUUUGAACUUUCUGGUGCUAAAAGCCAAGGCAGGCUGGCUGAAAAUGUGGUGCGAAAAACAAGAAAUCUUGUCUCCUCUAUAAACACAUUAAAUCAAGAUGGCCUUGAGCAAAGAGUGCAACAUGAGCUCCAUCUGGCUUUUCUGGAGUGUUUAAACGGGAGGACAAAAUACUGCCACCAGAGGGCAGUAAGAUGUCACAUCUUUGAGUUGCAACAAACGUUGCGUAACUUGGCUGCAUUUUCCAACCUGCAGAGAAAUACCAGCAAAUCAGAACAAGUGCUUACUGGAAAUUAACGCUGUCUGAAUCUGUGCUGGAGGACAUAUUGUGAUUGAAUGAAAAUAUCUUUGAGCCAAUUUUUUUUCUUACAAGUGUUUUAUUAUUACAGAGGUAUUUACACGAUGCGUACAAUUUAAAACAUGACAGUACAGCUUCACCUGGAAUUAACUAGUUCCCUGCCCUCAGAUGGUUCUGAAGAUAAAUCUCUUGUUUCCACAUGAAAUGAUGAAGGCAGAGAAUUUCCUGGCGUCCGAGUUAAAAUGACUAGGAGAGCUUUUCUCAUGCUUAAUUUCCCCCCCCCCCUAUUUCGUCCUCUAAGGACUGUGUUGCAAUUUUUCUCAUACUCUUUUUACAUUUACUCUAUGGCAUAUUAUUUAAAAAGGGAGAAAUCCAAACAAGACAGCACAUAUUUACAAAGUUAAAUAAAAAGAUGAAUUUUUUUGUUUUUUCUUGAUCUAAUAAAAAUCUCACAAUUGUGGCACA